CUUAUUUCGAGAACGGUAUUGUGUGGUAACUCGUUUUGGCCAAAACAAAACUUGGUUAAAUGGUGUUUAGAGCACAAACAAAACACCUAUUGAGGAGUCGUAUCCGCCCAUGAACUUCAUCGACCAACGUCUCACAACUGCUCGAGAAAAUACCUCUCCAUUAUUAUUUAAAUGCUAAGCAACAAUACACGCUGAACAAUCCCCCAACGAACCAUGCAAGGAAUAAUAAUCGCUCAGUUGAAUUCAGAUGCCAGCGAAAACCGUUAAUCUUCUAACGUAUUUUUCUUUAAGAAGACUCUGUACAGCUGACUCUUAGGUUCUUGGGGAAAAUAAGAAUAUCUAUAAUUUUUAGCUAUGGCUAUUUUUUACCACCCUAGCCUAGCUUUCCUGGUGUUAAUCUUUCUGGGAUUUUCGUCAGCACAAGGUGAGUACUUAUACUUGGGAUGUUACUGGGAUAAUACGGUCAGAGCUCUGCCAGAUCUUGUCUCCUGUGAUCUACACUGUAUCUGUUCGAACUCUAUGCCCUACUGCGAGACUACCAGUAUGACUGUGGACUUUUGCGUUGAUCUUUGCAAAUCUAAGAACUUCACAUAUGCUGGGUUGCAGUCUGCUACGCAGUGCUUCUGUGGAAACGAGGAUGCAAUGUAUAGUCAACAUGGUGAAGCUAUGUCGUGUACAGCAAAUUGCAGUGGUAACAGUUCACAGGUGUGCGGGGAUGUCUACAGAAACUCUGUAUACGAUACUCUUUAUCGGUCAACUGGAUGUCCGCAGCCAAAUUCGGUUCUCAAAGGAAGGAUAGAUAAGGGCGAAAAAGUUGAAUACUUUGCAGGCGAUUCAAUAACAUAUAUUUGUGAAGGAACGGCGUUUAUGUUGGGAGAACCAACUAGGACUUGUUUAGCGUCUGGAAUGUGGGACAAUCCAUCGCCCGAGUGUCGGACGGUUUGCAACGAGCAAGUUUCGUCCCUGGGAAGUAACCGUGGAACGCCCAUACCAGUCGAGGAGUUUAUUAGCAGUAUUAACGUUGAGGGGGAACAGUACGUGCUACCGUGCCUAACUGGAUACACGGGCACAAGUGAAUUUAUUUUAGCCACAUGUCAAAGUGAUGGAACUUGGAAUUUUAACUCAACAGAUUUCGCAUGUGAAGCGGUAGUCUGUAGUAUCAAUGGGCUAGGAGAGGGCGUAAUUGUCAUCGGAAGUGAUUUUACAUAUUUAAGUAUAGCUACAUUUCGUUGCGACGUUGGUUACACGCCGUCCUCUGAUACGACAAGGCAAUGCCAAGCUGACGGUACCUGGUCGGGAGUGGACAUAUAUUGUAUUCUUGUAUUCUGUUCGCCACCUUUAGCCCCGGAAGGUACGUCUGUCCUCCCUGGGCCAUAUAAGUAUGGAGAAUAUGUGACUUACUUCUGUGUUAACCCAGACGCUACCUUAAUUGGUGAUCCAAUGCGUAUGUGCACUGCAGAUGGUAGUUGGUCCGGCCAGGAACCUAUCUGUCUAACUGCAGACACGACAACGAUAACAACAAAUGUGAACACGCAACGCCCUACAACAACGCGUGUACGUACCACUGGACGACCCGUAACAACAAUGCAACCACCGACAACCCAAUCGGCGACAACCAAAUCGGCAACAAGCAGGAAAGUUGCGACGACCACGAACUCAGCGACGACAACUCAAUCAGCGACGACAAUGCAACUCAUGACAACUGUACACAGGACGACGUCUGCAAGCAAAACAUUAUUAAUACCUUCAACCACAAACAAACAAGAUAAUUUACAAACAACAAUUGUUGAUGAUAAUAUGUCGUCUGCUAACGAAAUGUCAACGCUCGAUGCUUCCAUGACGUCAUUAAAUGUACCAUCGUCUUCUCAAUCCCUGUCACCGUCAACUACGAGUGACGGCUUUAACGAGAAAGCCAAAGGUGAAAAGUCCCCUGCAGACUUUAUGGUGCUUAUUGUAAUCAUUGCUGGUGUAUUCUCUGUCUUGUUCUUGGCCAUUAUCUUCACUGUUGCUUGUUUGAAAUCACCAAGGAGAAGGAAAGUACAAGUUACCAAACAGAUCAAUUUUAUCAGCAGUAAAGAGACCGGAUCUAUGAAUGACAUGCUCUGGUCGGACGGUCUCUCACCUGACAGCCCACGGAGCAGAGCAGACUCGGGCCUACCACCGUCGGAUCGAAACUCCCCCAGCUCAAACGACUCCGCGGACGGGAGCGGCGCUGGUGGGGUCGUGAACUUAGCGUUUGAAAACGAUGAUGUAUUUAAAACACAUGAAGAUGAUCCGUACCAUCGAAUCGAUUUUGGUGCUGUCAAUGAAUCCAAUAAUGUCAGUAGUGUUCUUAUGAAUAGUGGUAUAAUGUCGCCAGCUCCUCAGACUCAAGACGAUCGUAAGCCUAUUAGUCACAGUCGUGUGAACAGUUUCCAGCAGCCUGAUGACGUUGAAUCCUUAUACGCAAGGGUUGAUUUGUCCAAAAAGACAAACAGGUCUCCACAAAACGGUGUCGAUCGAACACUGAGUACUUCAUCAGACUACAAAUCUGAAGAAAAUCCAUUAUAUCAAACAACACAAAGAACAUCGCCUAAGUCGUUGCUAGAACCAGCCGUGGACAAUGGUCAGUUGAAAAGUAAUGGCGACGUUAGAAAGACUUCGCGUCGAACGCCAUCAGAUGUGUCGGUUUCAAGCCGAUCGUACUGGGCCCAGUACGAGGAACAAGUUACGCGGUUAUAGGAUACUCCCACAUUAACUGAAAGGAUCUUGUGUAAAUGGCAAACAUUUGCACGGUACGGUACAUCCUUGUGUUGACUUAUGAUUUCUGCCACUCUUGAAGUUUAGAAACAGUGAGUCGCUAACAAAAGUUGUCCAAUACCUUCCACUGAGCCGGGCGCGAAAAAAAGAUA